GCUAUAAAAUGCUAAACCCAUGUUUAGAGAUCUAAGAUCCCAAGAAUCAAGAUCCGGUGAAAUGAAACUGAUUUCACAUUUUCACCCAGUCUGUCUUUCUGAGGGAAUACUGCAUAAAUUGCCAAUCAUGUUGUGACGAGUCCUCUAAAUAGUAUUUUUUGCUACAUAUUACAUAGUACAUAACUUGGGUAGUUGGGUAUACGGUAUAAUAUUAAAUAUACUAUGGUUUAUCUUAUGAAUAAUAAUAAUAUUAACAAAAUGUUGUCGUCUUGUCGAUUUUAUAGUUUGUAGUGUUUGUGUUGUUUGUACUUCUGUAGUAGUUACUUAGUACUUAAUUUAUAGACAACGGUUACAAACUUACAAAACCUGGUCACUUGGAAGUUAGAACAAUGUAAAAGAGAAAAGACCAAAAACAUAUGCCGUUUGUAUAAUAUGAAUUAUUAAAUAGUAGUAACUAGUAAGUACCGUGGUCGAUAUCGUUGACAUUUUGAAUUUUUGAUCUACAAACAAAUAUUUCUAAAUUCUAAACAGUUGGUACUUGGUAGACUUGUUUGUGCCAUGUGGAGGAAUAACAAUAAAACUAAUAAUAUCGUCCAAAAUUGAAAUUCAAUUAAAUUGUAGGAAUUUCGUAUGUCUUGGAAAUCAAUUGGUAAAACUGAUCGUUAUGACUUACGAGAAACGGAGAAAAGUCGAUAUAUAAAUACAAUCACGCACGUUUUGUAGCAGCAGUUGCUGCGGUAGUGCAGGCUGUUAAUACGUCUUGGUAAUCGCAAAUCGGUAGAUUCCAUUUUACUAGGUACUACUGUAAUAUUGUACUAGCUACCACAAUCUACAACAGUUUAUCACUUCUCAAUAAUUCCUCAGACUGUCGACUUCCACGACUGACGACUCCAGUGUCCAGCAUUCCGAUAACUUGCGAGUACCGAAUAGUGCACAUCAAGUACUCGACAGCUUACUGCUGUCUAAGGUUCGCCGUCAGUAGUCAGUUCGGCCCGUUCUCCGUCGACGUCGUCCAGUAGUUUUGUACUUUGGUUUCGACCAGUAUUAUUCAAAAUAAUAUGUUAUUAUUAUUAUGAUGUCACUAAGUUAUACGUUUUAUAAUAUUCCUUUAGUUUGUGUGUAGAUAUCGGCAUAUCGCGUUUAUAUCGUUUGCAUUGAACCUCAUCCUGUAGGUGUCUAACCUGUACGUCGUCAACACUAUUUUGUUUUUUUGCGGAAUUAUUGAAAAUGAAUGCAAAUUACAAAGCACUGGACAGGGAUGGACGGAAGAAAAAUUUAAGAGAAGGACUACCAGCUUAUGCUUACUCACGAGGAGUUGAAUUGCGUAGUGAUAAAAAUCCUUAUUUAUACAUGCAAUCAGAAGUGUUUGAUCCUAGAAGAAAUGUUCUUAACAUUAGUUAUCCUAUAAAUGUUCCUGAAUUCGAGCUACCAAAUGAAGAACAAAUAUCUUACUAUGAGCAAUUAAUGAUGAUGAGCAAUGAAACUAUUGUACUAAGUAAUUUCUUAGAUGAACGAGGAACUUUGCUCUGCCCAAAAGUUAUUCACAAGAAGCCUGAAUCAAUUCAAGAACUUUCACUGAGGAAACCAACAUUGAACAAAUGCUCAUCAGAAAUUUUACCAUUUUACAAAAUAUGUUUUGAGUUAAUGAAAGUACCUACAAAAGAUUCAAAAUGGAAACUAUGUUUAAUUACUGAACAUUCAACUGAGCUACGAUCUGAAAUACAACAAAUUUACUUGCAUAUGUGGUUAUAUUAUAAACAUUAUAUGGAAAAAGUUGAUUUAGGUGUGUUGGAUACUUGUAAUAAAAUAAUGGGAUUUGGACAAUCUGUGACAGAAACUGAACGAUUUUAUCUUACAAUACGGGAUGAUUAUUUAAUGGCGACACAAAUAUUGGUUUUAUUAAAAUGCAUACUAUCCAAUCAACACAUAUCUGUUUUUAAAGAAAUUAUGGAGACACUAGAAUUAUGGAAAAUCCUAUUACAAAAGAUGAGUACCAAUCCAAAGAUGUAUGAAUUGUCAUCAUAUAAUACUACUUUGGAGAUGGCCGAAUUGUUAGAACUACUAAUUAAAAGCUAUUUCAAAACAAGGCAUUAUUUAGAAGCUUGUUUUGAUUUAAUGGUUAAUAAAGAAGACACCAUUAAAAAACAGCAGGUCAAAGAUGAUAUGUUAUGCAAAUAUUGGUAUUUAAUGGUUGACACUCCAGAACAUUAAUAUGUAUUUAAAAACGUUUUGCCAAUUUUAUAAGUGAUUGUUAAAAUUGCAACUCCUAAUUUUAUGUCCUAACAGUUACUUAUUUUUUUUUUCUGUACCAAUUUAAUGAUUUUUUUAUUUGUUUUAUUUAAAGUGAUGUUUUAAGUAUAUAUUUUAUGUAUUUUUUUAAUUUACAAAUAGCAUAUUAUAUUUAAUAAAACCAAUAUAAUAUUUGGUUACAAGUAGUAUCCAAAAUUAAGUUGGUAUUAUGCUAUAGUUUUAAUACAAAUCUGUAAAUUUAUUAAUAAAAUAAAAUCCAGUGAAAUUUUAA